GUCCCAAGAAGGCGCACGAGACCAGCAACUAUGACCUCGACUAUGAGGACGCUGCAGAGGGCUGGGACGAUGCCUUUUGGGAUGGAUGGCAGGAAGAUGAAGAACACCAGCGUGAAGGUUGGAUGACUGGCGGUGGCCACGACCAGAACGAGCUCUACAGCCAGAAGAUGCCAACUACUUCGUCUCCUAAGUCUUCCGACUACAAUGCACAGGCGAAGCCAACAAAUUCGUCAACCGUCUACCGCACUCAGAAGGUGGACAAGUCCGACAUCAAGCUGGAAGCCCAAGACGCCUUGGAAGUGGUGCGAGACAUCAACCGCAUGAAGCGGAAGGUUCGCUCAGCAGAGCCAGAUCCGACUGGCGAAGGGCAGAAGACCGAACCAUCCAAGGCUGCAUCCGUCCUCCUGGCCGAGCAUGCCCGCAGCAAGGACAAGCCCUUCGACGUCUUCACCGCGACGGCAGAGGUGCAGAAGCACAUGGAUGAGAAGCGGAUGAAGGCUCGCGGCCAUGCAUCGACUGCGCCGGAGGCCAUCAAGGAAGCACGAGAACGUCUUGGACUCCCUCAAGCAGAUGACGACCUUGGCUUCUCAGUGUGGGAUUUACUACGCCCACCGUCUUCCUCCUCGGCAACCUCGGAUGUCGACUUGGACAAGCUACGAGUGGUGCUGACAGUCAAUGCGGAGAGACCACAUCGCGAAGUACCAGCACACGGAUUUCCUGGAGAAUGCCUACCUCGAGGCCUUCCCCACGAUCGACCUCUACCUGUUCACAUGGUGCAGCACUCCCCCAUUGACUAUGACAUCACCUCGGACGAGGACGACAUGACGGAGAUCACUUGGUGCAACCCUCGUGGCGCAUUGAGCAACACGAGAAUGAGGCCUACCGUGCAGAAGAACGGCGCCUACCUCACCAUUGACACUGCAUGUGAGAACACCGUUGGUGGCCUCACCCAGCUCCGACAUGUCGCGGAGAUCUUGCAGCGCAAGUUCGAAGUCCGGCCCCUGAUCACUGAGGAGAAGGAAUCCUACAGGUUUGGUCCUGGAGAUCCUCGCACCUCACUUCACCGUUGGCACGUGCCGGUAGGCAUCGGUGGACGACCGACAGUGAUCAAGACGUCCACUCUGGACGACACGGACCCCAACAGCGGCAAGAUCCCCUGGCUGGCUGGACAAGACUGGCUGAGGCUCGUUCGAGCCGUGAUCGACGUUGGAGAGCAGAAGAUCUACCUCAAGGCCUUAGACGCCGCUGCGGAUCUUUUUGUAGACCACACCGGACAUUUGGUUGUGGCAGUUGAUGAUUUUCCGGCUGCAGGCUGGCCACAAGACCGCACAGCAUGCCAUGACGGCUACGCUGGAGUCCUUUGGGCCACAGGAAAAGUCUAUACGCAGCCCUCCAACGUGAGCACCCAUGUCUACAACGCUGAGGAUGAUCCCUUCUCUGAUGGCGUAGUCACUAUGAGGAUCACCAUCAAGCAUGGGUCUAACAAAGAAUUGGUGGACACUUGGGAUGACACCCCUCAAUCUGAAGCACCUUGGACGGGCUACACCAUCCUCUUCGGCCGUGACUGCGACUCGACGCUCGACAUUCGUGCAGUCAUGAAGCCCUGGCAACCAGCUGGUGUAGAUGUGAAAGCUCACGUCCCUGGCGACCACGAGACGCAGCAAUGGGGACGCUUGGUGCGCAGCCUCCUGACCUACAUCCACGUGGUGCACAAGAUGGUGGCUUCAACGAAGGCGGUGAGAGAGUUGAAGUAUCGCUCACCGGCGCUGAUGGGCUAUGCCGAGGCUCUGGUCGAGAUGGAUGCGACCUACAUGGAGGACCUUCCACCGGCUUUGCCACCGGCAACGACCUUGGCUCGCGGACAGACACCCCAUCCGAUGAACCUGCACUACCGGACUCAGCCGGACAGAUGCCCACACCUCCUCGAACAUGGAAGGAGGUAUGGAAACGCCCAUGGCAAGUUUUUGGAGUGCGUCAACUGUGGGAUGGUGUGGCGCGGCUUGGACUACACGAUCCCGCUGAAGAACGAGCUGGUGACCGUGUACAAGGUCUUGGUGGUAGUUCGCGAUCGACCAGGCGGCAAGGUCAUCAAGGGCGCGACAGCACGCCCGGAACCUUCAAUAAAGGCUUCAUCCAGCAAAUCCUCUGGCUACUCGUCUUCCUCGCGACAUACGUCUACGGAGAUGGCCUAUGGAGCUCCGGACUUCAAGGACAUCAAGGCCAAGGCGAAAGCCAAGGUGAAGGAAGAGAAGAAGCCCACUGGCACGAAGAAGACUUCGACCAGAGUGCCCGUGGUCUACUCGCUAGAUGAACCUCUUCAAGCCCAUAAGCUGAAGCCUGGACAACAGAAGCGGAUGAAGAACAUGGCCCGGCAAGCUUUGUCAUCUUCGAAGUGGCAACAGAAGAUGGUGAUGCAGAAGCUUCAGAAGUCCAAGUGGCCACGUUCCAACUUCCGAUUUGACCUCAUCGAAGUGUUCGGUGGAUCUUCCAUGGUCACGAUACGUGGCACCACCUUGUGGAGGAUGAGGGCGCUUCAACCCUUGGACAUCCUGUACGGUGUGGAUCUUCGGCAAAGAUCAAUGAGGAGAUGGCUGCUUCAGAACCUCAAGAAGACCCCGGUUCGCUUGGCCAUCGUGGAGUACCCCUGCACACCGUGGACCAUCCUGCAAAGGAACGUCAACUAUAAGGACAAGCCCGAGGAGUUGGAAGCUCGACAAGAACGUGACCGACCCUUCUUGAAGCUGACGGAGGACAUCUUCUCCGUCCAGGUACAGAAUGGAGGCCAUGCUCUACGCGAGAACCCCGCGACUGCAGAUUCACAACGGCAACCUGAGAUUCUUCGCCUUCGGGAGAAGUACUAUGAGACCACCAGUUGCCUCUGCAUGUUCGGGUUAGUUGGGAAGGCUGGCAGGCCUAUGAUGAAGCGGGUUCGCUUCAUCGCCACUCACUCCUACUUCAUUGAAGAGCUGGACGCACAGUGCGAUGGCUCGCACCAACAUGAACCCGCGCAAGGUUCCAAUACUGCAGCCUCAGCAUGCUACCCACCUUUUCUGGCAGACGCCAUUUGUCGCGCCUUCUGGAGAGUGGUUGAGCAGGAAGACUUUGGCGCCCAGACCUUCAACGAGGAGGAGGACUAUAAGACGGCUUGGUUCGUGGACGCGGACAAGUCCGAGGACAAGUGGCGGCCUUUGUUUGAAGAGGCCAUGGAGGUCUUGGGUCGCAAGAACCAAGGCAGCAUUUUCGUGCCGCCGGAUUCACCUCUCUAUGCCAAGAUCUCGGCAUUGGUUCCUUGGCAAAUCAUGAACAUCCAGUUGGCACACCUGCCAAAAGCGAAGCGAGUUCGACCUGGACUAGAAGAAUGCCAUCGCUGCUCGGUGCUACUACAUGCAGAUGAUUCACUCACCAUCGAGACCGAGCACCUCAAGACGGCGCAGGCCCCAAGGGAACGAUUUGUCUACCCCGUGAGGCUCGGCAUCUUCGUCCUGGGCUAUCCUCCAGGAGACCCAGCAGAACCCGCUCCUCAACAAGAACCUCCAAGGCAAUCAGCGCAAGCCGACCCGACAGUGGACCUGGAAUCGCCAAUACUGACCAAGCAGUCCGUUGGCGGAGAUGAGCAAUGGUUCAUUGGUCCACCUCUCAACAACAAGCAGAAGAAGUUGGCCCCAAUACUGGCAAAGCUGCACAAGAACUUGGGCCACCCUUCACAAGCCGACCUGACGAGGGUUGAGAUGCGCUACCUGCGAGAGAACCAAGAAGCCUGGAAUACCAAGGCCCUGGCUCCUUUAACAGUAAGCUCCGCCCCGGAUGCCAACAAGGACAACUUCGCCUUUUUGCACAUCCUGGAGCCCAACGGUUCCUUCAACGUGUUUUGGCCAUGCCCCACACGAGAGCCUGGCCAGAUCUUCGACCUGGUGACCUUGUUGCGGUGCUCCUGGUCAGGCUUUCCCAAAGAGCUUUGGAUCGACCAGGACGGCGCUUUCCAAGGCGAGUUUGCAGAGCGCAUGAGGAACAUGGGAGUCAACAUAGACUGCCCCCCUGCUGAAGCACAUUGGCAAGUGGGACAGAUCGAGGCAUAUAACCGUGCUUUCCAACACGUAGCCUCCAAGCUUGUGGAUGCUUUGAACCUCGCCGGAGAGCGAGACAUGCGCACUCUAGCUUGCGCCGUUGGCGCAGCCAUGAACGACCGGAUACGGAGCGCGGGAUGCUCUGCCUACCAAUGGGUGUUCGGCAAGAGUCCUGUCCUGCCACAGGACAUUCUGUCGCCGGACGGCAAGUUUGAGGCGCUGCAGGCCAUGGAGUUGGACGAUGAGCUCAAGAAGCGCGCCCGCACACGGGCUUUGGCCGAUGAGAAGCUUUCUGCCUACCGCCUCAAUGAAGCGGUGCGUACCGCCAUCCUUCGUAAGUCACACCCAGCGAAGGAGCUCUACCAUCCAGGUGAACUGGUCGCCUUUUGGAGAGAAGCCAAAUACAGGCAAGGCAAGAAAGGGCAGAAAGGGAAGCGCAUUCCAGCUUCCUGGUACAGAGGCACCAUCAUCGGACCUCACAAGGGUGACUCUUCGGUCAAGCAAAGCAACUACUGGGUCGCUUCUGGAGGCCGCUGUGUUCUGGUCGCUCGAGAACAACUUCGACCCGCCUUUGGAACAGAACUUUGGCCCGUGCAUGAGCACAUCCUCCAGGAGUUCCAGGAGAACCCUCCGGACAAGUACUACGACCUGAGAAGCAGAGAUCUACCACCGGUUCCGGAGGACGAUGACCUCAAAGACGGCGAAGACCAGAUUCCCCUUUUCCAAGAUGAUGAUAGUGUCUUCAACGACCUCAUCGACGAGUUCCCUGAAGAGCAGGAGGCAGAGAUGGAGACUGGUGAAGCCGAUCAACAUCCACCACCUCAAGAACCAGAUGGAGCCGCUUCGACAGGUUCCGAUCUGACUACUCUGGCGGCCGGGACUUCAACAAGAGCACCAGGGACGCCAGUGACAGGCAUCAUCAGGCCUCCCUCGUCCCGAGAAGAAUCCCUAGCACCUCCAAAGAGAUUGAAGACCACGCCAAGUGGUUCACAAGCAAGUAAUCCACCAGAAGGAUCUAUGGUCUUAGAACCUGCAACACCACCUGGAGAGCACAACGUGGAGCUGGUGCACACCGAUGACAAGUGGAAAUGGCUUCCCUACUUCUCCGACAACACCUUCGACCACGUCGAGCCCUAUACGACCCUGGCCGUGUCCGAGCACUUCCACUUCCCUUGGACAAAUGGAGGACCAAGAGAGUGA